AUGAAUCCAAGUCUCAAAGGGCAAAAGUUGCUCGUGAUUCUGCAGUACGCACCCGAUGAAGAUUUCUUAUCACGGGUAAAGACAAAUCACCCUGAUUUAGAAAUCGUAUGGCAUAAUCCAUACACUGCAGGAGGUGGUGGAAACGGUGCCACCGCCAAACCAUUACCCCAAGGCAUUUUCAGCGAUGUGACGAUUUUGUGUACAUGGAAUUUCAUACCAACUCCGGAAGAAGCGCCGAAGCUCAAGUUGGUUCAAUUGACUUCUGCUGGUGCGAAUCAUUGUUAUGAGCAUGACGUUUAUAAGGACAAGGGAAUUGACUUCUGUACUUCGAAUGGCACACAUCCACCCCAGAUUACGGAAUGGGUGUUUGCCACAUUUCUGUCGUUCCAACACAGAAUACCUCGUUUCCUGGACGCUCAAAAAGAAGGCGAAUGGAUACGACCGUCACUUGAUGUUCUAGACUCUGUCGGACAGAGGAUCGGUAUCCUAGGCUACGGAGCAAUAGGACGGCAAUGUGCACGCGUCGGCAAAGCCUUCGGAAUGGACGUAAUUGUCUAUACGAUGCGCGAAAAAACCACGCCUGAAGCCAGGAAAGACGACAGUUAUAACGUCCCCGGCACUGGCGACCCAGGGGGACUUAUCCCUUCAAAAUGGUAUUCCGGCACUUCCGCGGAAAACCUAAAUGAUUUUCUAGCCCAAGACAUCGAUUUAUUGGUUAUCUGUCUCCCACUUACACCAUCAACCACGAAUCUUAUCCAGAAAGAACAAUUCCAGAUUCUUUCCAAGAAGAAAGCGUUCAUCUCGAACAUCGCGAGAGGGCAAAUUAUCAACACCCCGGAUUUCAUUGAGGCGCUUGAAAAGGAUCUAAUUCGAGGUGCAGCGGUCGAUGUCACGGAUCCGGAACCGCUACCAAAAGAUCAUCCGUUGUGGAAGGCGCCGAAUAUUUUCGUUUCGCCGCACGUGAGUUGGCAUUCUAAUAAUCACCGGACGAGGUUGUUGGGGGUGUUGGAAACGAAUCUGGGGAGACUGAGCGGGGGGAAGCCGUUGAUUAAUUUGGUGGAUAAGGAGCAUGGAUUUUGA